AGUAAUUCUUAAGUUUGGUCUAAUUGUAUUAUUAUUAUUAUUAUUAUUAUUUUGGAUUGAAUUGAUUUAUUUACCCUCGUUAUUAUGUUGUUAAAUUAUUUAAAAUAUAUGAACAUGUUAAAUGACGCUUUCGUUUAAUAAAAUAUUCCUUUUUUCUUUUUAUUUUUAAUUUGUUUUUCUCUUUGUUUUUCUUUUCCCAGUAUUCCCCUCUUCUUCUCUCGCCUUUCGCUCUCCUCUCCACGGUCCACCUCCUAUCACCAUCGCCACUAAGCACCACCACCGCCCUUUAACCACACUGAUUGAAAAUUGGAAUCCAGUUUUCACAUAUCUGGCAACCACCGGCCGCCACCUAAUCAAACGUCGACAUUAGGAAAGUCAAAUCCUAAUCAAACGUCGGUGCGGUCGGUUCCGUGUUAGGAUUCCGGCCGCGAUCCAUUCUAUGACAUUGGAAAGUUCGCGAAGCACUGAUAAGGAAAGGUGAAAGGUAGGGCAGAUUCUGUUCGCAUCCUUCGGCCCUGAAUCGCUGCUUCAACCACUCGCCGGCUGUACUACUUCAAUUCGUGAUUCUCAACCAUCUGAAUUUACCAAAUCUUCACUAAUGUGAUGUGAGUUUGGGUUUAAUAUUUGGGUUGCAGCUUGAUGGGUGUAAGCGCUGGUUUCAUGCCACCGGCGUCUCUCUCCGACGAGAAGAGUAGGAAGCAAGACGAAGAGAAUUUGUUGUAUAUUUACGUAAAUCACGGAUCAUUCAACAAAUUCACGGCCAAACGGCCUGUGAAGUCAGACCAGAUAUACAACAAUGGUUUGUUGUACCCAAUUGGGAAGUAAUGGUUAUGAUGAAUGAGAUGCCCUUGUUGGUAGGGUUGAGAGAAAUAACAAUACCAUUUUUUCUUUUCCAUGUUAGCAAUGGUGGUGCGUUCUAAUUAACUUUUUUGUGACUUCUGAUAUCGAUUCUCAUUGUUUUCUCACCAAUGACUGAUAGGAUUUGGUCUUUGUCAUACUCUAAUUUUUAGUUGCAGGUAAAGGAAAAACCCACCCAUUUCAAUCUUGUUGUAUUGCCAGUGACGGAGUGAUACAGAGUUUUCUCAAUGUAUUGAUGAAACCCAUGACAGAGAGUGUUGUUUUAAAGGACUGGUGUGAAUGAGAAGAAAACAUGGUUGAGAAUAUGCUUGGACUACAACUCCGAUGCCAAGCAUGAUGAAUGAAGCUUUUUCCCUUUUUCCUUCGAAAGAUACAAUUUUCAAUAAUGGGAAUAUUGGACCUACUCUUGGGAAUGCAAUAAUUGAUGCAUAUGCUAAGUGUGAUAACGUAGGUUAUGCAUUGAAGAUUUUUGAGAGCUUAUCAGGGAAGAGGAAUGUGGUCACGUGCAACUCAAUGAUCUCAGGAUACAUAAAUUUUGGUUAACACGAUGAUGCACGCAUGAUAUUUAACAGGAUGUUUGAAAUGGAUCUCACCACUUGGAAUCUAAUGGUUCGAGUCUAUGCUGAAAAUGAUUGUCCUAGUUCAGCUGUGAGUCUGUUCCAUGAGUUAAAACGUCAUGGAAUGAAGCCUGAUGCUGUGACUGUUAUGAGCCUCCUUCCCGUUUGUGCUCAAAUGGCCUCAGUCCACCUGCUAAGGCAAUGCCACAGAUAUGUGGUGAGGGCUUGUUUUGAGGAUGUUCGCUUGAAGGGAGCUAUUUUUGAUGCAUAUUCAAAAUGUGGGAGUACAAAAUGUGCAUAUAAUCUCUUCCAGUCAACUCCGCAGAAGGACCUGGUUAUGUUCACGGCUAUGGUUGGAGGAUAUGCGAUGCUUGGAAUGGGAGAAGACGCAGUUGGGGUUUUCUCUCACAUGCUUGAGUUGGGUGUAAAACCAGACCAUGUUAUAAUAACUGCGGUUUUGUCUGCUUGCGGUCAUUCUGGCCUGGUGGAUGAAGAGUUGGAGAUUUUUGAUUCAGUAGAGAAGGUGCAUGGGAUUAAACCAACUAAUGGAGCAGUAUGCUUGUGUAGUGGAUCUCCUUGCUCGAGGAGGUUGAAUUGAGCUUGCCUAUUCUUUUGUAAUUAAUAUGCCCAUUGAAGCUAAUGCCAAUAUAGGGGGAUGUAUUGUUGGGUGCUUGUAGAACCUACCACGAGGUGGAAAAAUGUUUUUAUUGCUGGAGAUUCUUCUCACCCGCAGAGAAGUAAUGUUUACAGCAUGUUAAGUACAUUGGAUGAACAAAUCAAAGAGAAAUUUCAGUUCUGAUUAAUCGACUCAAAAACUAGCAUUUGCAGUGCCCUCAAAAGCAGGCAUGUGUUAUUUACUCGAAACCAUCAUUUAUUGAAUUGUCUAGAAAUCUAAAAGACAGAAUUGUUAAUGUGCUCUGGUGUGAAGAUGCUCAAAUCUACUUGCUUAAAUCUUCUCUAUCAAUCCUUAUUACUGAAUAUUCUACUACACUGUACUUGUACAUUAAUCUUUCUUAACUCGAACUAAUAAGAUGGAUGAUUUGGGUGUAACUGAAUCAUAUGGUUUUUUGCUACUACAAAAUUUAGACCUUUUCAUAACAGUAUGCUGUCUCAACCCAAAGGAAAUUCUAAUAUUGAAACAUGUUAGUACUUAACUUCAAUCAACCUAUAUUCUUGUAGACUCAUGCUCUCUUUUCCCUUUUU